AUGCUACCGGACCUCUCGGGAAAAGAAUGCUACGACAGAUUGGAGGAAGUGGAGAACCUGAUGUUGAGCCUCACAAAAUCCAACACAAUCCAAGAGGUAGAGAGCCGAACUUGUCUCUUGUUACCGAGGUUCAAACUUCGGAAUCUAAGAAAGCGCAUCCGGAGAAUUAAGAAAGAAUUCUACGAGACGGGAUCGGUGGAUACCGUAGCACCGCUGGUGUUGACAACGCUUGCAAAAGUCAAAAUAGAAUUACUUCAAGAAAUCGAGCGGCUGGAAACAAUAUGCAGCCGAAUGCAAGUACCGGUCUACACUGCUCCGGUAAUCGACAGGUUCCCAGCUAACUGUCCAACACCUCCAAGGGAGGUUGAGGUACCGAUUUCAGAGAUUGAGGCACCGAUCUUAGAGGUUGAGGUUCCAAAUUUAGUAGUUGCGGUUCCAAACUUGGAAGUUGAGGUACCGAACUUAGAGGAUGCGGCACAAUUAGAACCUCCAAAUCAAGAGGAUGCACCGUUAAAUCUCGAUGAAAGAGCCGAUCCUGAUCCCACCAAGAACGCGUCUCCCUCACCACCGGAAGUCACCGCCUCAGUCCCUCCUAAAGAAUGGAUUGAUGACAGACUUCAAGAGUUUGAAGCAUCAGUUUCGAAGCGGGUUGAGGACCGACUUCAGCAGCUUGACGCAUCCUUAUCAGAGCGGAUCGAUGACCGCGUUCAAGAACACGACGUGUCCAAGUUUCAACCGUUCAAGGAUAGAUGCAACAACAUAUUUGAUUCGGCCCUGAAGUUCACCGAUGAUGCGCUGGACGCCGAAGCUAGCAAGAAUAAAGGGGCGCCGCGAUCGUCUCAACAGACCGAAGCAGAUUUGGAAGCCGAAAGAAUAAGAAGAGCCGAGGCCUUAUACCCAGGGUAUGCCGAGAAAGUGGCCAGUCAGGCUGCGGAGGAUGCCGCACGAUUGGAAGAGCAAAAACGGAACCUGGCCGAAUUUGCAAAGGCAAACGAGAAGAAGAAGAAGGCGGCCGCCUCCGCUUCAGCACCGACAAAAAGAAAGAGGGUGACUCCUAAGAAAGUUCGGAUAGUCGAGAUGCUCAAUGAAAUCUCCGAACCGGUCACUACGGAAAACAGAUCGCUGCCACCACCUUCCCUCCUCUCUCAUUCUCUUUUUCUCUCUCUCUCUCUGUCUGCAUGCACCGCGGCUGUUGAUCCCGACGGAGAUGCUCAUGUUGCAGCUAUUUCUCGUCCCCUCUCAAUCGCAGCCAUUGAUCUCGUACGAAAAUCUCAAAGCAAGAGUCCCGCAAUUAACUUAGUAGUUGGAUCUCAUGUGUGGGUGGAGGAUCCUGAAGUUGCUUGGAUAGAUGGGGAAGUUAUAGAAGUAAAAGGGGAAGAAAUAAAAGUAAACUGUUCGUCGGGAAAGGAGGUUGUUAGUAAUGCAUCUAAUGUCCAUCCAAAAGACGUUGAAGCUCCUUCCAGUGGUGUGGAUGAUAUGACAAAGCUAGCUUAUCUGCACGAACCAGGGGUUCUUCAGAAUUUAAGAUCUCGAUAUGACUUGAAUGAAAUUUAUACAUAUACAGGUAGCAUACUGAUAGCUAUCAACCCCUUCCAGAGGCUCCCUCAUCUGUAUGCUGAUGAUAUCAUGGAACGAUAUAAAGGUGCAGCAAUAGGCGACCUGAAUCCUCAUCCUUUUGCCAUUGCAGAUGCCGCAUAUAGGAAGAUGAUUAAUGAGGGAGUCAGCCAAUCAAUUUUGGUCAGCGGAGAAAGUGGCGCUGGCAAAACAGAAAGUACAAAAAGUCUCAUGCAAUAUCUUGCUUUUAUGGGGGGAGAUAAAUCAGAUAAAAGGACAGUGGAGCAGCAAGUCUUAGAGUCAAAUCCUGUUUUAGAAGCAUUUGGCAAUGCCAAGACAGUCAGGAACAAUAAUUCAAGUCGCUUUGGUAAGUUUGUGGAGUUACAGUUUGAUCAGAAGGGAAGAAUUUCAGGAGCUGCUAUACGGACUUAUCUACUUGAACGGUCCCGGGUUUGUCAAGUUUCUGACCCGGAGAGAAACUAUCACUGUUUUUAUAUGCUUUGUGCUGCGCCACCUGAGGUUGUUGAGAAAUACAAACUGGGAGACCCAAGAAUAUUUCAUUAUCUGAACCAAUCAAGUUUCUUUGAGUUGGCUGGGAUGGAUGAAUCCAAAGAGUAUCUUGAAACAAGGAGGGCAAUGGGCAUUGUUGGGAUCAACUCAGAGGAACAGGAUGCCAUUUUUCGAGUAGUUGCUGCCAUUCUCCACUUAGGCAAUAUUGAAUUUGCAAAAGGAAGUGAUAUAGAUUCAUCUGAGCCAAAGGAUGAUAAAUCUCAAUCUCAUCUGAGAACUGCUGCCCAACUAUUUUUGUGUGAUGAGAAGGCUCUUGAAGAUUCCUUGUGCAAACGCGUGAUGGUGACUCGUGAUGAAACCAUAACUAAAUGCCUUGACCCAGAUUCUGCAGCUCUCAGUAGGGAUGCUUUAGCCAAAACAGUGUACUCGAGAUUAUUUGAUUGGCUGGUCAACAAAAUAAAUAAUUCAAUUGGACAAGAUGCUGAUUCAAAAACCUUAAUUGGUGUUCUCGAUAUUUAUGGCUUUGAGAGUUUCAAGACAAACAGUUUUGAGCAGUUCUGCAUUAAUUUAACUAACGAGAAACUUCAACAACAUUUUAAUCAGCAUGUUUUUAAGAUGGAGCAAGAAGAAUAUACAAAAGAGGAAAUUGACUGGAGCUAUAUAGAAUUCGUUGACAAUCAAGAUAUUCUUGAUCUCAUCGAAAAGAAACCUGGAGGUAUAAUUGCACUUCUUGAUGAGGCCUGUAUGUUUCCAAGAUCGACACAUGAAACUUUUGCCCAAAAGCUGUACCAAACAUUCAAAGAUCACAAAAGGUUCUCCAAACCAAAAUUAUCACGCACUGACUUUACCAUCAUUCACUAUGCUGGUGAAGUUUCUUAUCAAACUGAACUCUUUCUGGACAAGAAUAAAGAUUAUGUUGUUGCAGAGCAUCAAGCACUGUUGAAUGCUUCAUCGUGCUCUUUUGUCUCAAGCUUAUUUCCACCUCUACCAGAGGAUACCUCUAAAACAUCCAAAUUUUCAUCAAUAGGAACCCGUUUUAAGCAACAAUUGGUAUCUUUGCUUGAAACGCUGGGUGCAACAGAGCCACACUAUAUUCGUUGUGUGAAGCCAAAUAACCUUCUGAAACCUUUUAUCUUUGAGAACUCCAAUGUGCUACAGCAACUUAGAUGUGGGGGUGUUAUGGAGGCAAUCAGGAUCAGUUGUGCUGGGUAUCCAACUAGAAGAACAUUUAACGAAUUUGUCUCUCGUUUUUCUACUCUUGCACCCAAUCUUUUGAAAGAAAGUUCUGAUGAAGUUGCCAUUUCAAAGAUGCUACUGGAGAAGGCGGACCUUCAAGGUUAUCAGAUAGGUAAGACAAAGGUGUUUCUCAGAGCGGGUCAGAUGGCUGAACUAGAUGCUCGAAGGACACAGGUACUUGGAAGAUCUGCAUCCCUCAUCCAGAAAAGAGUUAAAUCAUACUAUGCUCGCAAAAGGUACAUUGCCUUGCAAAAUUCUUCCAUACAAGUCCAGGCUUUCUGCAGAGGUUAUAUUGCACGCUGCCAAUAUGAGCACAUGAGGAGGAAUGCUGCCAGUGUGAUAGUCCAGAAAUAUGGUCGUACAUAUCUUUCUAAAAGUGCUUAUUCUCUGUUGUCCACUUCUUCAAUCACUAUCCAAGCUGCUUUACGUUCUAUGGCUGCUCGUAAUGAGCUCUGUUUCAGAAAGAAAACAAAAGCUGCUAUUGUUAUUCAGAGUCAAGGCCGAAAACGCAUAACACGUCUUCAGUAUUUGAGGAUCACAGAAUCCGCAAUUGCUACUCAAUGUGCUGUGAGAUGCGACAUGGCAAAGAAAGAGCUACAGAAAUUUAAAAUGGCAGCUAAGGAGACCGGUGCUCUCAAAGCUGCAAAAGAAAUGUUGGAGAAACAAAUUGAAGAAUUGGAUGAGCAACUUAAGCUAGAGAAACUCUCGAGGGUAAACUUCACAUUCAAAUUGCAAGAGACACGAAAUCAACUUGAAGAAACUAAAGAGUCUGCAAAGAUAGCAGCUGAGAAAAUUCCAGUCAUGCAGGAAUUAACAUUGAUUGAUCAUGAAAUGAUAGAUAGGCUUACUGCUGAAAAUGAGAAACUCCAGGAUUUAGUGAAUAGUUUUGAGAGAAAAAUGGAAAAUUCAGAAGAUAAAGGUGAACAUGCUGAGAUGGUUUCAGUCACAGGGCAAGUUUCAGUUCGUGAUAAUGAAAUGAUAAAUAAACUCAAGGCUGAAAAUGAGAUGCUCAAGGCUUCGGUACAUAGCUUAGAGAAAAGGAUAGAGGAAGCAGAAAAGAAAUAUGGAUGCACUGAGCGAAAUCCGGACAUGGAGGAAGGUCAAGUGAUUGAUCAUGAAAUGAUAACUAAACUUAAGGAUGAAAAUGAGAAACUCAAGGCUUUGAUUAGUAGUUUACAGAAAAAUGAUGGUGGAAUGGAAAGAAAACAUGAAGUUACUCCGGUAAUGCAGGAAGUUCCAGAGGUUGAGCAUGAAAUGAUAAGUAAACUGAUUGCUGACAAUGAGCAGCUUAAGGAUGUACCUGUCGGUGAUAACAAAAUGAUAAAUUCGCUCAUGGCUGAAAAUCAGAAGCUCAAGGUUUUGAUCAGUAGUUUAGAGAAAAAGAUUAAUGAAACAGAAACGCUUAGUGAAGAGAGGUUGCAGCAGGUCCUUGAGGCUGAGUCCAGAGUCAUUCAGUUGAAAACUGAUCAACAGAGGCUUGAAGAAAAACUUUCUGACAUAGAAACUGAAGAUCAAAUUCUGAGGCAUCAAGCUCUGAUGCACGCUCCCUCUGGAAAAAUGGCUGGACGUCUUGAUUCAAAACCAAGCCAGCUUGCAGCAAAUGGUCAUCUUUUGAUGACAAACCUUUUCAAGCAGGAAGCAGUCAAUACAGCGCCCUCAGGAAAAUUUGGCACUCUCUCAAUGAGGAACUCUCAGGCUGAUAAACAGCAUGAGAAUCUUGAUGUUCUCAUCAAAUGUGUGAGUCAACCUAUUGGAUUCAGCCAAGGGAAACCAGUUGCAGCUUUUACCAUAUACAAAUGUCUUCUUCACUGGAAAUCUUUUGAAGCAGAAAAAACCAGUGUGUUUGAUCGUCUUAUUCAAGUGAUUGGUUCUGCAUUUGAGAACCAAGAAAAAAAUGACCAUAUGAUUUAUUGGCUAUCAAAUACCUCUAUAUUAUUGUUCUUUCUACAAAGGACUUUGAAAGCUAGUGCGUCUGCAAAACCACCAACACCAACAUCAUUCUUUGGGAGAAUGGCCCAAGGAUUUCGGACAUCUCCAUCUUCUGCAAAUCUUUCAUUUCGUGGGGUAGAAGUCUUACAGGUUGAGGCCAAAUAUCCAGCUCUCCUAUUCAAGCAGCAGCUCACUGCAUAUGUGGAGACAAUUUAUGGAAUAGUUAAAGACAAUUUUAAGAGGGAGAUGACUUCACUUAUUUCCUUGUGCAUUCAGGAACGAAAGACAAAAGAAAAUGAUGAAGAACCUACUAAUCACUGGCAGAGCAUCAUUGAAUGUCUGAACAGGCUUCUAAGUUUAUUUCAAGAGAAUCAUGUACCGCCAAUACUUUGCGCGAAACUCUUCACUCAACUUUUUUCCCACAUAAAUGAGCAGAUAUUUAACAGCCUUCUUGUAAAUCGAGAGUGUUGCACAUCCAGCAAUGGAAAAUAUGUGAUGGCUGGAUUAACAGAGCUAGAGUUAUGGUGUGGACAAGCAACAGAGGAGUAUGUGGGCUCAUCCUGGGAUGAAUUGAAACAUGUUAGACAAGCUGUUGGAUUUUUGGUCGUAGUAAAAAAAUCUGAAAUAACAUAUGGUGAAAUCACAAAUGACCUCUGUCCUGUACUUAGUGUACAACAGCUUUACAGAAUGUGUACCUUAUACUGGGAUGAAAAUGACGAUAGUCCAACCGUAGACCCUGAGGUUAUUUCCAGCAUGAAGUUGCUAGUGAGUGAAGAUUUCAAUGCUGAUGAUAGUAGCUCCUAUGUAUUGGAUGACCAUGCCAGCAUUCCGUUUUCAAUUGAUGAUAUCAGCAGCUUACUAAAAGUUACAGAUUUUUCAGACGUAGAAACUCCUGCAGCACUAAUAGAUAAACCAGAUUUCCAAUUCUUACAAGAAUGAGGUUAUUAUAUAUUUAAUUUAUAUUCUUACAAGAAUGAGGUUACAGAAUUUUGGUGUAAGCUAGAUUCCAC